AUGUUUGUGAAAUUAUUUUUGGUCUUUUGUGCCCUUACUGUAACUACUGUCGAAAGUAAAUACCGUUUGAAGCAAGUUAUUAUUUUAAGUAGACAUAAUGUGCGUACUCCUUUAGCAAGAAAUCUAAAUGAGGUGACUCCUAAGCCAUGGCCAAGUUGGAAAGAAAAACCUGGAUAUUUAACUCCUAAAGGAGCCUAUUUGGAGGGAAUUAUGGGUGGUUACUUUUCUGCUUGGUUAAAGAAAGAAGGUAUAUUGUGUAGCGUUUGUCCCACAGAAGAUAUAUUUUAUGCAUAUGCUAAUACUGAGCAGAGAACAGUAGUUUCUGCUAUGUCAUUUAUUGAUAAAGCAUUUCCUAACUGUAAUGUAAAAGUUCACUUUAAAGAAAAACCAGAUCCUGUGUUUAAUCCUGUAAUUCAUAAUGAAACUACUAUAUUUAAAAACAUAGCAGUAAAAGAAAUGAAUACUCGACUUAAACAUUUGUCUUUAAACAAUUCAUUGUUAUUUGUAGAGAACAUCUUAGAUUAUAAGGACUCGGUGCAAUGUAAAAGCAAAAAUGAAUGUGAUUUACUAGACAAUAAAAAUAAGAUUAAUUAUAGAGUUGGGUAUAAACCUUAUAUAACAGGGCCUUUAAAAGUUAGUAAAUCAGUUGUUGAUGCUUUUAUAAUGUCUUACUACGAAGGGUUUCCAAUGAAAGAUGUGGCAUGGGAUUUAAUAACUGACAAGGACCACUGGAAGCAAAUAAUGGAAAUAAGUAAUGGUUAUCAUGAUGUUAUUUUUAACACUACACUUGUAGCAAAAGAUAUAGCUGCACCACUUAUAAAAUAUAUGUCAGACAUAUUUUUUAGCAAAGAGGAAUCUCCAAAAAUUACAUUAUUAAUGGGACAUGAUGCAAAUAUGCUAACAGUAUUAAAUACUUUUAACUUCAAAGCAUAUACUCUGCAGAAUCAAUUUGAAAAAAGUCCUGUAGGUGGAAAGAUUGUAUUUCAGAAGUGGUUCGAUGAAAAACACAAAAAAGAUUUAUUGAAAAUUAAUUACGUUUAUCAAUCAACAGAACAGUUGAGGCACGGUCUAAAUUUGUCAUUAGAAAUUCCUCCUGAGUUUACUUUAUUAGAAUUAAAAAAUUGUACAGCUGAUAGUAAUGGAUUUUAUGUAUGGGAUGACUUCAUCUCAUUUUUGAAGAGUUUGUUAUAG